AUGCCCAAUAGACAAAAGGGAGUCACAGAUUCCCUUGUCACAUUCCGUCAUGACCUCUAUGAGAUAAUUAGGUCUCGAUUACUGUUGAAAGCGGAAAAAGAUCCAAACACACGCUUUGCGCUCAAGGACCUUGCUCAAGAAGUCCUCGGAGAGGAGAGUCUCAGGAGAUUCUAUCGAUGUGUAAGCGGGACAGGCGGCCAAACAAGAUUUGCCAUUGACGAAACGGAUUUUUUUGUACGGGUCCAAGAGAAAAGAUUGGAGCCCUUUAUUGUGACCUUAAUAUUCAUUACCGCUCCGAUCGCGGCUGCCAGAGCUUUCGUAACUAGUGUGAUCGAGCCUCCGGAUAACAACGAGCGAUUGCCACUCAAAAAAAGCCGACUCGAGGAGAUUUUCCAUGGAGACUCCGCUACUGUUGACCAUUUUCUCGCCAACCAGCAUCGCUUUUGUACUCUUGUAUUGUUUCAGGAGGGGACUCACAUGGAAAUUGAUGAUGAUGACACGGCGAGGCUUCCGUGCAUGAACGAACGGCCGAUUGGUGAAGGCGCGUUCGGAAGGGUCUAUGAAGUCAAGAUUCCCACUAGCCACCUCAUGGUCCGGACAGGAGGUCAUAUAUUGCCUGGGCCUCAAGUUGUUGCACGAAAGGACUAUCGCAGGCCGAGCCACGCCAAGGACGACUUUGAGACAGAACGAAACUUCCUCAAGAUAAUUUUACGCAGCCCUUCGCAAUGUGAAAACGUUCUAUCAAGUUACGGCACCAUCGAAUAUGUCUCCAGUUCUGCUUUCAGUCUGUUCAUGCCGAAGGCCGAUAUGGAUUUAGAGCAUUACAUGAGGGAGCAUGAGAGUGAUAACGCAAGACCCAUUGCAUCGAUAGCUCAGCAUUUACAAUACGCUGCGGGUCUAGCAAGAGGAAUUGCUUACCUUCAUCACGGUAUUGAGUCACCAGACGGUCGCAAGGUUAUUUGUCGUCACUUGGAUCUAAGGCCAGCUAACGUUCUCAUAUUCCAUAACGACGACGGCAACAUGAUCUGGAAGAUCAGUGAUUUUGGAUUAUCACGAAUAAAGGAAUUGCCGGAUGGGAGUAUCAGCACUGGCGGCUUGACAGUGUCUCCAACGUCCAGUCCACCUGGGCGUGGAAUCUAUUCAGCUCCUGAGUCGGGCUCUGUUAAGAGAAUGACAACCAAGAGUGACUUAUGGUCCCUUGGUUGUAUUAUUAGCGUGCUAUGUGUUUGGCUCCGAAGAGGAUACGACGGGGUUGAGUCUUAUGCAAAAUCUCGCGCUGAAGGUGAUGAGUCUGCGUGUUUUUAUCGCAACGCAAAGUUUGGCCGCUUGAAGCCAGAUCCGGCGGUCAAGACCUGGCACAAACUUUUGAUCAAGGAAGAAAAAGACAUUGCUUUGAAGAAAGCGCUCACGCAUAUCCUUGAGUACCUAGAUGAUAAAACAUUCUCGAUAAACACAGAUGAGAGGCCAACAGCGACCGAACUGAAGAGUUGUUUGGAAAAGGCUGCCAAUAUUGCAGAACAAGCGACGCCUACGCAGGGAGCGUCGUCAGUAAAAAGCUGGCCCAUUUCCUUUGGCGUUCAAGCAGAUGGCUGCCAAUUCUCUCUAGAUAAGCCUCUGCUUGCCUAUUAUUCAAAAGAGGGCCAAAUCGCACUGUAUUAUGAGUCUGAACGGUUUCCAGAAAAUCCCGGGAAACCACUAAUCGAGCCCACUCCAAUCUAUUUCCAUACGGCCAAGAUUGUGGAUAUUGGGGUUCACUGGUAUUACAUGGCAAUAGCAGAAAAGGAUGACAGCUUCUGUCUAACACUAGACAAGUUUACUUUAAUAAAGUUCAUCGAAGCGUCGUCUAAUGGCCCUAGCUUUACCCGGAAGGCUUCGGUGCGUGCACGACUUAUACCUCCAAUACACCUUAUAGCAAUAUCACCGCGUGGCCACUGGAUAGCUUGUAUUGUGAAAGGCAAUAUCUCACAUCCGGGGCGUCUAUAUAUCGUUCAGCUAAAGAAAAUAAAGGAAGCUACGAAUGUGAGUGACAAAUUGGACGAAACCAUAUGGAGAUAUAUGGAUUUACCGGAUUGGACAAGCCAAAAUGCGACCAACAUAUUUUCUUUGAGUUUCUCGUCCGAGUCCUCACUCUGGUUUGCAGGUAAAGGGAUGCAGGAGUAUGCUGCUUGCGUAUCUCGCCUGGAAUACAGUAGUGAUGAUAAACAACCACUCACUGAACUUGGCUCAGCAAAGCUGAGAAAGGCUAAAUGCAUCAUUGCUACAGAAAAUAUCAUAAUAAUACACGACUUUGAUAAGGUACAAUCACCUGGUAUCGACAAAAAUAUAGAUGAGCAUUUUGAGAUUGUGAAAAUCAUUGUGAGCAAAGACGACCGUAGGAUACUAGCCUUGGUCAGACCGAACAACAAGCACGGCAUACUCUGCCUAACGGAGCUUAUCGCUGAAGGCAGUCGCAGAAGAUUCAAUGUCAGAAUCAUUGAACGAUUUUACGCAGAAUACCUUCAAUAUAGCCUUGGAAAAAUCCAGCUGAGAUGGAUCGAACCAGAACAUAGCGCAGGGACUCAAGAUGCCGUAGUCUCAAAAAGUCGUGUUCUCAUUGCGAUCUUGACAAAGCCACGUGAAAAUGCUGUUUUCGAGUUCGAAGUAUGA